UAAAUAUAUAUCAAACAAUUUAUCCAGCCAGCCAGUUUUCGGAAACCGCUCUGGUAUUUUCGUUUGUUUUUUUCACAUUCGCUGCAUCUAUAUAUAUAUAUAUAUAUUGGCUUGAAAAUUCAUAGCUUUUUCACAUUGUGGGAUUUCAUUAAUUUGAAAAGAAAAAAAGAAAAAAAAAAAAAAGAAAGAAUGGCUGCUGCUUCUGUGGGAUGUGGUUCUGCGUCAGGUUCUUGGGUUCAAUUUAAGGAUAAUUAUUACUGUAAUGGUAAUAAGAAUGGAUUUAGGGUUUCUUGUGGUGGUGGUGAUGCUGACGUGGGUGAUCCUUACAAAACUCUGAGGAUUAACCAUGGCGCCUCUGAAUCCGAGGUUAAGAAGGCGUUUAGGCAGCUUGCUCUUCAGUAUCAUCCUGAUGUCUGCAGGGGAAGCAAUUGUGCUGUACAGUUUCACCAAAUCAAUGAAGCAUAUGAUAUUGUAAUGAGUAAUUUACGAGGGGAAGUGAGCGCACCGCAAAUGGAGACGUACGGCGAUUGUGAUACGGAAGAAGGGAUAAGAGGAGUGAACGAUCAAGAUUGGGAGCUGUGGGAAGAGUGGAUGGGAUGGGAAGGUGCUGGGAUUCGAGAUUACUCUUCCCAUAUUAACCCUUACAUUUAAUGACAUCUUCAAAAUGAGUUUAAUCAAGUGUUUGUAUAUAUAUAUAUAUGUAUAUGUAUAUGUAUGUAUACAUAUGUUGUAUUGAAGUUGUAAAGAUCGUUGAGGUUGCUGUGUAUAAUGAUUUUUAAUUUUUUUAUUUUCUUUUAUUUUUGCUGUAUAUAUUAUGACAUUGUUCCUUGGAAGGAGCACUGUUAAUUGUAUCUUGUGUAUCAAACUAUCAAUGUUAAUUAUUAAAUGGUUUUACUUAGUAUAUU